UGAGAUCGACUCACUUGGUGCCUAAGUGUUUGGAGUUGCUCCGUCUCUCAUUCAGGAUACUUGACUGUGAAGUGGUGUGGUUCAGUUGGGCAAAAGAUCACACUGAUCAUCUGCUGGGUCACGGGUUUUGACACAAAAUGACAGCGGGUUUUAGCCUGCUGCUUCUGUCCGGGACACUGCUCUGUGGACUGCUGCUGCACACAGUGAGCCGGCGUGGGGCCAGGCCUGAACAGCCCAGUAAGAGACCCAGUUUUAUUCUCAUACUGGCAGAUGAUAUAGGUUGGGGUGACCUGGCUGCCAAUCAGCCUGGAGAGAGAGCAAACAACACGCCUCACCUUGACCUGAUGGCUCAGCAAGGAAUGAGAUUGACAGACUUUCACUCCCCAGCCUCAACCUGCUCCCCGUCCCGUGCCGCCAUCUUGACGGGCCGCUACGGCCUAAGAAACGGGGUGACUCAUAACUUCGCUGUGGGCUCUGUGGCAGGCUUGCCACUGUCCGAAGUCACCUUGGCCCAGCUGUUACAGAGGGCCGGAUAUUACACCGCCAUGAUAGGGAAAUGGCACCUCGGCCACAACGGGCCAUACGGGCCAACUAACAGAGGUUUUGACUAUUACCUGGGAGUUCCUUACAGUAAUGACAUGGGCUGUACUGAUAUGCCUGGGUAUGACAUGCCCCACUGCGUUCCCUGCUCCAUGGGUACGCAGGUAUACAGGUUGAAGAGGAGUGUACACGGCGGCUGUUAUUCCAAAGUGGGCCUUCCUCUGCUUGAGAACAGCAGCAUCGUGGAGCAGCCUCUGGAUCUGUGGGCACUAACACAGCAGUACAAAUCUGCUGCACUCAAGAUCAUAAACAAUGCAAGGGAGCGAGGACAGCCCUACCUGCUCUACAUUGCUUUGGCCCACAUGCACGUCCCCCUGGCCCCUCCCCUCCCUCUGGAUGAUGGCCGAGUGUACGCUGCGAGCCUGCGAGAGAUGGACAGCCUGGUGGGAGCAGUGAAGACGGCCUCUGAUGCCACAGACAGAGACAACACACUCAUCUGGUUCACUGGUGACAACGGUCCCUGGGAGCAGAAAUGCCAGUAUGCAGGAAAUGUCGGGCCCUUCAAAGGGAAGUGGCAGACCAGCCGAGGUGGGGGUUCAGCUAAGCGGACCACCUGGGAAGGGGGCCACCGGGUGCCAACAGUGGCCUACUGGCCUGGUAAAAUCCCUGCCAACACCACCAGCUCUGCCCUGCUCAGUGGUAUGGAUAUCUUCCCGACCCUGCUGUCGCUGGCGGGGCUGCAGCCUCCCUCAGACAGACGUUAUGACGGCAUCGAUGCCACAAAUGUCCUCCUGCACGGUCAGCAGACGGGACGCGAGUUUCUCUGCCACCCAAACAGUGGAGCUGCAGGGAAGUUUGGGGACCUGCAGGCGGUCCGAGCAGGGAAACACAAAGCCUUCUACCUCACAGGUGCGGCCGAGGCAUGCGGCGGCGGCAGGGGGAGGCAGCAGCUCCACAACCCACCUCUGAUAUUUGAUCUGGAAAGUGAUGAGGGAGAGGAAACACCCCUGGACUCCGGCUCACCUGAGUAUCAGAGAGCACUGGACAGGAUUGCCGAGGGGAGGGAGGAGUUAUUAUGGGACAUUGCCACGGACCAGUCGGUCUCCACAGCUGACUACACAACGGACCAAUCGGCAGCCCCCUGUUGUGACCCGCGACACCCUGUCUGCCGCUGCCACAUGCUGGGCUGAGAGUGGGAGGACACACACUCACACACACACACGUAUAGCCUGGAGAAGACACCAGGAUGACGGUAAACAGCCUCAGAGAGCAGAGGAGCAGGCGUUUGAACUCGGCUUUGUUGUUUUUGGCUCAUCCGGCUGAUCUGCGUCUCUGUGAGGACAUUAAUCUGUGAAAAGUGACUAAGAGGGCACAGCGAUCUUCUUGGUAAAGAGACAUUCCCUACCUGCACACACUUUUCUGUACUGUGCACGGAUGGCUUUGUUGCACUAUAUUCCAACAUUUGAAAGCCACGUGGUUUAUUGUUUUUAUGCUUUUGUCUUCUUCUUUUCUUAAUGUGUGUUUUUAAACCUCAUCACCAAUCAUUUACUGCACAGUUCCCAAACCAGUGCUGGGGGACAGAAAAUAUGUACAUUUACAUUAUAAGAUAGCUCUUAUCGAGAGCUACUUACAAUGGACAGUAUAGCUGAGGAGUGCAGUCGGAGCUGUGUGGCCCUCACUGCAAAAUAUUGCUGUUGUCCUGAAGUGAUCAUGUAUGAUUGCAAGUCUUAAAUGUGUGCAAAUUUUUUUUUUAUUGUGUACAAAUGUCACAGCCCAGGUUGGCCAAGAAGAUUGUCUUGCAACUAUGACAAGUCUUAAUGCUGGCUUUGAACACUGAAAACAUUUCAUACCCACAUAGUUUCAGUAAAUCUAGGCACUCAUGAACCUUCUGCACAAUAAUGACUGUACUUUAACUGUAACUGUACAGCUAGUAUCGACAAAUGCAUUGUUAAGGUCUCAGGGAAGAAAUUGGAACUUCUGAAAUAUCCAAAAAAAUGUGAUGAUGUGUGCUACGGUAAGUAUUAAAUAAAAAAAUAAAACUCUCACCAAAUUUACUUGAAUAUAUUGGGUAUUAUUUAUGUG